UGGAAAGGUGAAAGAGCAAGAGAGAAAGGGGCAGGCGAGAGAAGAGAGAUGUAGCGAUUGGUUAAGCCGGUUGGAAAAGCCCGCCUGGCUGCUCAACCGGCCGGCACUUUGCUCAGUUCUCCACUGCGCUCCGAGCGAACCGGAGCUUUCGCUAAACGAAUUUCUCGAGAACCCCGCGACUACAUCUUUCGAUAGUAUCGCAACGAUCGAUCGAUCGAUCGAUUUUACGAAUCCUCGACGACAAAGCGCGCUUUCUUCGACUCCAGUUCACUUUCCAUCAGACUAUUAUUUGGAAUUGUUCGUUAACACACACCCCUACUGUCUUCGUUUCUUCGUUUCCUCGUCGUCGCUAUCAUCCUGGUCGUCGGCAUCGACGACCUACGUUUCUUCGAGGACAAGACGGAACGAAAGAGGCAAUAGAAGAAGAAACUAUGCCUAUGGGCGAACACGCGUCGGUGUUUUCGGCUUAGGACGAUAGAAGAAUCGAAGAUUGCAGUUUACACGAAGAAGAAAUUGCUGAGAGGAAAAAGAGGAAUUUGCUUGAAAUUACGACGAUGCCCAGAAGAUCGAUGGAUCUGUGCAAGUGGUUGUUUCUGGCGGGAUUGCUGUGUUCUUCAUCCUGCCAAAGCGUUCCGUCCACUUUUGAGAACAGGACCGGUCAAGCGGAGAGUAAACCGCGCGUCUUUUCACCUCGCAUGGAUUACGACGAGUGGACACCGCUGGGUCGUGGCGACCCCUUGAAGAACAAUCCAACCUUCGACUACGUGCCCCCGGUUCUCGAUAGGGUUCAAUAUUGGCUGGAUUCUCACACCACUGAACCGUCCGCGAAACGAGACAUUCUCGUUCUGGGAGUAACCGCGAAGAAGACCAGUCCGAAGAUCCCGGAUCAAUUUCUAAAGUUCGUCGACGGACCGAAAUUCACCAGGUCGAACCAGGAGGUUUCGAACUCGUACAGAAACGAGUUUACCGGCAGCACCGGCGCGGAACCUCCGAAAGUAGUACGAACAACGAAUUUCAGAAACGGACCGAUCGACUAUAGAAACCAAAACCGAAUUCAAUCGAUACCGGCCAGCUAUUACCCAAGUCCGUUCUACAAUCAAAAGUCGAAACCGUACACGAUGAUGUUACCGCCCCCGUUGACGCAAAAGGACAAGAUAGUCAGUUUCGUCGAACCUACUCAACAGUUUAGCACCCAAACGGAAGAGGGACCGGUGUCUCUCCAAGGAUCACAAUUUUACGCGGUUAAUCCUGCGAACGGUUACAACCAACAGCAACAACAACCGGCUAAAAUCGCGUCCAAGCCUCCGAACAAAGGCCAGCUGAUUUCGCAGGUGGAAACCAUCAAGAGCGUAUACGCUCCUUCCUCUCCACAGCCUACAAAGUCGAGAUACGAAAGCGCGACGACAGCCUCGGUCUCUUUCGAGAAAUCAAACUUGAUUUAUCAAUCGACUCAGACAUUAUCGGGCGGCUGGCCAGGUAGCAACGUUCCCUUAUCGACGCCUACCACUUCCGAUACCAGUCAAUCCACUUGGCAGACUCCGGAUUAUUCUCGCGACCAGUACGAAGUCGAUCACCAUGUAGCCGCCUCGUCGAAUCACGAGGUGGUAGUCGAACAGAACGCCAACAUAAUCGUCGACGGAGACAGCAAUGAGAACGAGGAGGUAGUUGUAGGUCAAAAGGAACUCGGUUCGACGAAUAAAGCGUCCUCGACUAUGGUAAAUUCCUCUUCCUCCUCCACUUCCUUUGUCUCUGAUAACGACAAGAAGAACACGCAAGAGGAAACGGCAACUGGUCAAUCUUCCGAGAAAAUGCACAUCGUUCUCGCGAAUUCUUCCGCAAGCUUGGACGUGGAAGGGCAGACGGUGAACGAAGGACCGGUGGCUGUGGUGAUGCCGACCAAUUACUCGGAUAAAAAGCUGAACGAUACUCGUCAAAGUUCCGAAGCAACCGCGUCUACUUGGAGCAUUCCCGAAAAUAUGACCAACGUGAAUGCAGAAUCCACCAGUGGGACUUGGAUGAAAAUCGAGUCUCAUCCUGUUAGAAAUUCGGUAACCGGAACCUCGAUUUUGCCUGAUGAUUCUCAAGCAGCCGUCCUGCCGAACAGAAUGAUGUCUUCUCAUCAACAACAUUUUCAACCGACGAUGGCUCCGUUCCCUCCCAGACACCCCCCUAUCGAUACUUUAUCCGUGUUUGCUCCUCCGCAAGCUCCUCUCUCCUUGAGGAUGCACACUCAUCAGCCCAGACCUAAUCACGGGACGAUGCAGUUUCUCGGUAGCAUGCGUCCAAACGUCCCUCUCCGGCUGCCAGGAUCGAUGCCGAUGUUUCCACCGAUGACUCACAUGCACGCGCCCCCUAUCAAAUCGACGACCAAUCACAUGGUGCCCCCGUCCGUGGCUAUGGAUCAUAGAUUACCCCAGACGCAAGAUUUCUCAGCGAUGAUGGCCAACUCGCCGCCACCGUCGUCACCGCCGGCCAUGUCGCUGGGAGUGGAGGAUCAUUCGUUCGAAGAUCAUCGAUCUCGUAUGCCAGACUCGACGACGAUCGUCGUUACGCCCACACCCUUCUUGCCAACCCUCUCUUCGAUCGGGAAUUCGCUGUUUACAGUGGACGAACAGACUCGAGGACCGGAAACGACGUUGGGCAACGAUGAGAAAGAGAAAACCGUUGGUUGGGACGCGUCGUCGAUCGCGUCUUCCGCUCCUCUUUCGAGUCGUCCUUCGACGACAUUUUCCUCGCAAACCACCACCGUGCCGAGCCUCACUACCGAUCCCAUCUUCUCGCAUUACAAGCAACCAGCCAAACCCAUUCGAGGACCGAUGUAUCUAAUCAUUCAGGGCCACUCCAAGGUAAAAACGUACAAACCAAUGGUGAGCAAGCACAGCGUACCGGUGGAGAUAAACGAGGUGACGGAGAGACAACUGUCAAAGUUCGAGCAGUUCAUCGAGGAAAAUACGAAGAGGGGAAACACAAACGCGAUAAUAACGGAAAAAAAGAAAGCGGAGGAAAAAGCGCGGGCAGAGAAAAUCGCGCGCGUUCGUGAGAACACUUUGAUGAGUCUGGUGGAGAGCGGAUUGGAUAGUUUUACCGUGUCGCCUUCCGCUUCCGCAACGGAAGACGAGCAUCAGGCGAACGCUGUGACUACCAUUCAGAUCGAUGGGAAUUAAUCGCUGUUCGCGAUGAAAUCGAGCAUGGACGUACGCGUCACCUUCGUGGCCACAAACUCUGUAUCGUUUCGUUGAAAUUUCUCGUUAUGUUAUGUUUUCCGCGUUAUUUAUUGUCUAAAUCGUGAUCCUGCCACGAUUUCGUUCUUCGCAAGAAGAAACGCGCCAAUUUCUAAUGUGCCAGUAUACACAUAUUCAUACGCAUACGCAUGCACGCAUUGAAACGUACAGACGAAUGUACAUCGACACACGGGUUUCAACUGACGGGUAAAAAGACCAGCUAAAAUGUUGAAAAUAUUUUCGGUGAACCAAAUUAGCGGUCCCUGGACUGAACACGCGUAAAUUUAUACAUUCGUAUAUUCGUGUACGUAGGCGUACAUGUAAGUACGUCAAAGUAUCGAGGGGGUUAUCAGCUGCUGUGAGGUGACAGUGUCACAGACGGUCUUUUCUUUCGCGAAAUCGUAAACGACAAGGAUGUUUGCCGACUCGCAAUCAGCACAGCACGCGGAUAAAAGAACUUAGGAUCGUAUUUAUCGUAGUAAUUUAAUGCUCGUUCCGAUCAAUGUAUUUAUAACGUCGUCGUAUCGCGACAAAUUACGCGAGAAAUUGUCUCUUGCGCGUGUAUUCUCGAUUUUACGCAGACGCGUUCGGUGGAACCAGCUACAACGUUCGAUGGUGGUUGUUUCGAAUUUUUGGGAAUAGGUAAAGCGAUCUGCGAACGUUCGACUCCACGAUGGAGAUGGAUUUGUUACAAAUAUGUAAGCUGCUUGGACGAACGAAACGCUCGACGCGAUUCACCUUGUAUUAUUAACGCUAGUCUCACGUUCGUAGGUUGCUAACAUCGAAUUUGUUUGUCAGCUACCGACCGUGUCCGCGUCAGCUUAAUCUACAUCCGUUGCGUCUCUACGUUAACCCUUUUCUUUCGUUUCCCGACGCGACGCGAUGUGAAAGAUAAUCGAGAGCGUCGACUAUUUACGUAUACGUGCUAUAGGUGUGAACUAUGUUACGUAUGAUAAUUGUACCUGACGGUCACACGUUUUGUUGAUUUUCCGUUUAUCAAUAAAUUAUCGCAUUAUCAACAUC